UUGUUAAACAUUUGCAAAUACCAAAUAGUUUUUCUGCCACGUUGAAUUCUGUUACAAAGAAAUAUUAAAGAUUUAUGUUUGUUCAACUAUACUCUUCUAUUAAACAACGCAGAAAAAAUUGCACAUCAACACCUUAUCCCCACCUGUAUUGCUUCAUAUUCGACAUGAGCUGCAAAACGUUUUGGCAAUUCAAACAUUGCACUAAAAUCAGCAUCAAGUGAAAACAUAUUAGAGAGUUUAUUAGAACAAUACAUGUAUAGAUUUGGUUCAUCCAAAAGUGAUCUUACCGAUCAAGGAAGAAAUUUCGUUUCCGAAUUAGUUGAAAAUUUUGAAAACCAUUUUCUAAUCAAACCAUGUAAGGGAUUUUAUUGUAAUGUCAUAAUAAGAGAAUGACGAAUGAUAAGUGUAUUGAAAAAGUAAUAGAAAAUAUUGUGUGUAACGCGUUUUCUUUAAUCUCAUAGUUCAGGUUACAUCAAUAACAACAGGAAUUAAUAUCAACUAAAUUAGUUAAUCGUUCACUUCAAAAACUAAUAUCAUUCAUCAACUAUGACAAGAAUUGGAAUCUUCUUCUUACUAAUUUUAUGGACCUAUGGUGAAAAUUGUUACUUAUCUGAUAGUGAAUUAAAAGAACUAGAAAAUGCUUUCAUUGCAGCGGAAGAUCAUACAACGAGGAUAGGUUCAAACCAAGAUGCAAUAAUGUGCUUAGGUGCUACAAGAUCAGGAAAAAGUACAUUAAUUAAUUACUUAAUUGGCAAUGAAUUGAAGGGCAUACAAAAUUCGAAACAUGCUGAAUAUAAAAUAAUUAAAGCUAAUAAUGAAUCAAUAGGACCGGAAAUUGGCCAAGGACCAACGUCAAAAACUACAAUUCCCACAAAAUGGACAUCGAAUAAAUUGAGUGGUUUCAGUAUUUUUGAUGCUCCUGGAUUUGAUGAUAAUAGAGGACCAGUGCAAGAUAUCACUAAUUCUUUUCAUCUCUACCUAUUAAUGAGAAAGGUUAAAUCUUUAAAAUUUGUUUUAGUUAUUGAUUUUGGAGACAUUGAACGGGACAUUACUCUACCAUUCUUUAAACUUUUACGUCAUUUUGAAAAUUUUUUUGGAGAUAAGUUCGCAAUGUUCUUUUCAAGCAUAUCAGUAGUUUUCACAAAAGUGCCUAGUGAAAUCGAUGAAACUGAAGUUGACAUUGAAAUGAUAAAACACUUAUUAAAUAAAAAAGCUAUUGUAAUUAAAAGUGUAUCUUCUGCUAAUUUAAACAAUUUUCUUGAUUACAUCAUAAAAAAUAGUAGCCAUAUUGCAUUAUUCAGAAAAGCAGAAGGUAAUAGAAUUGAUUCUUCUUACAUCGGCAUUAAAAUUUUUCCUGCCAUUAGUAACAGUGAAAGCGUAAAUAGAAGCGUUCUUCAGAAUAUUGCUCCAUCUGUUUCAACAAAGUCCCUUGUUUGCAUGUUCCAAGUUAAAAACAAAUUGACAUCAAUUUCAGAAUUUACUAACAUACUGGAAUCUUUAUUAAAUUUAUUCAUUAGUAUACUGUCUGAUUGGAAACAUUCAAAUAUGACUCCAAAUACUAUAGAAAAAAGAUACACAUCAUUUAUUGGAAACUUGUUGCAUAAUUCUAUAGAAUAUGAAGCUGACGUUUACAAGAUAAUUGAAGCUAUUAAAAAAAUUGAUAGUAAAAUGAAGAAUAAAAUUGAGGAAAUUAAUUUGUUACCAAAAAUUAAAAUAUUUUACUUUGUUUCUCGUUUAUUGAAAUUGAAUGACAUUAAACAGUUGCACAAAUGUUUUAAAAAUCUAAGGAUGUUAUUCAUUGCGGAAGUUAAUAAAAUUGAUAUUUAUAUUUCAAGUUUAUAUUGGGAAAAACAUUUCCAAAAUGGUGUUAGAGAGUAAAGUGAAAUCUAAUUUCAUCUUGUUAUUAGAAAUGAUUGUUUGUUUCUCCUUUUAUAUAAAUCGUAAUCUUAUUUCUAGCUAACGAAAAAAGAAAAUGUCACUUUUAAAUUCCUGAGUUCUAAUAUAAUAAAUUUUAUUUGUUUA